GAAAGACCUGCAAAUCCAGGUUGAGCAUCUUGAAUUUCAGACCCGGCAGCUGGAGCUGAAGGCUAAAAACUAUGCAGACCAGAUUUCAAGGCUGGAGGAACGUGAAUCAGAAAUGAAGAAAGAGUACAAUGCCCUGCACCAACGCCACACAGAGAUGAUCCAGACCUACGUGGAACACAUUGAGCGGUCCAAGAUGCAGCAGGUUGGGGGAAAUAGUCAAACUGAGGGCGGUCUACCUGGGAGGAGUCAUCGCCAGUCAUGGAGGAAAAGGAAGGAGCGCCCUAACUCUCUGAAUGUCCUCCCCCUUGCUGAUGGAAUGGUACGUGGGCAGAUAGGGGCCAAGAUCAUCCCCACAGUGGACCACUGGCACUUGAGUGACCUCGGCCAGCUGCAGUCCAACUCCAGCUACAAGUGCCCAAAUGAUGAAAUGUCUGAAUCUGGGCAGUCUUCUGCAGCUGCCACUCCAAGCACCACUGGGACAAAGUCCAACACACCAACCUCAUCUGUGCCCUCUGCUGCUGUCACGCCCCUGAAUGAGAGUCUGCAACCCAUCAGUGACUACAAUGGAACAGACAAGAACAAUAAGAGGGCACGGGAAAAGCGGAACAGCAGGAACAUGGAAGUUCAGGUCACCCAGGAGAUGAGGAAUGUCAGCAUAGGAAUGGGUAGCAGUGAUGAAUGGUCUGAUGUUCAGGAUAUCGUAGACUCUACGCCAGAGCUGGGCCAGGGCCAGGACCCCCGACUGGAGCACACUGGAAAUAGCCCAACACAGGGGAUUGUCAACAAAGCUUUUGGCAUCAACACAGACUCUCUGUAUCAUGAACUUUCCACAGCGGGAUCGGAAGUCAUCGGGGAUGUGGAUGAAGGAGCAGAUCUGCUAGGGGAGUUCUCAGUGCGGGAUGAUUUCUUUGGAAUGGGCAAAGAAGUGGGGAAUCUGCUGUUGGAGAACUCGCAACUUCUGGAGACCAAAAAUGCUUUGAAUGUUGUGAAGAACGAUUUGAUUGCUAAGGUGGACCAGCUAUCUGGGGAGCAGGAGGUGCUGAAGGGAGAGCUUGAAGCAACAAAGCAGGCCAAAGCCAAGAUGGAGAACAGAGUCAAGGAACUGGAGGAGGAGCUUAAAAGAGUGAAAUCUGAAGUGAUCGUUGCCCGACGAGAACCCAAAGAAGAGGUGGAGGAUGUAAGCAGCUAUCUCUGUACAGAAUUGUGCUCCUCCCCCCUGCAGGACAACAUUCCCAUAGCCCAGCGCCGCCGCUUUACCCGUGUAGAGAUGGCCCGUGUACUGAUGGAGCGCAACCAGUACAAAGAGAGACUAAUGGAGCUACAGGAAGCUGUCAGGUGGACAGAGAUGAUCAGAGCUUCCAGGGAGCACCCAUCUGUCCAGGAGAAGAAGAAGUCCACCAUUUGGCAAUUCUUUAGUCGCCUGUUCAGCUCUUCCUCCAGUCCCCCACCUGUGAAGAGGAACUACCCAUCGGUGAACAUCCACUAUAAGUCUCCAACAACAGCUGGGUUCAGCCAACGCCGCAGUCAUACCAUGUGCCAGAUCUCUUCUGGCAGCCGCACCCUCGAAUUCUUCCCAGAAGAAUUGAGAAGUAACACUGUUGCUUCUCUCCUCAGUGACUGUACAUCAUCCACACGUCGUGAACAGAAGCGCGAGCAGUACCGCCAGGUCCGAGAGCACGUGCGGAAUGAUGAUGGUCGAUUACAGGCCUGUGGGUGGAGCCUUCCCGCCAAGUACAAGCAGCUGAGUCCCAAUGGUGGCCAGGAAGACACCCGCAUGAAAAAUGUCCCUGUGCCUGUGUACUGUCGGCCUCUAGUGGAGAAGGACCCCACCAUGAAGUUGUGGUGUGCAGCUGGAGUCAACCUGAUGGGUUGGAAGCCUUUUGAACAGGAUUCUGGGAGUGGACAGAAGUCAGAUCCUGGACGUGAUCCUCUCACUUGUGACCGGGAGGUGGAAGGAGAGAAUACCAAGAGUAACCACAUAUCUCCAGAAAAGAAAAAGGCAAAGGAGCUGCAUGAGAUGGAUGCCACAUCCAGCCGAGUCUGGAUCCUCACAAGUACCCUCUCUACAAGUAAAGUCGUGAUCAUCGAUGCCAACCAGCCUGGCACAGUGGUGGAUCAGUUUACUGUCUGUAAUGCCCACGUACUCUGCAUUUCCAGCAUCCCUGCGGCUAGUGACAGUGACUAUCCUCCAGGCGAGAUCUUUCUGGAGGGAGACGUGAAUCCAGAAGAGUCAUCUGGAACAGAUGGAGUUCUUGCAGGAAUCACUCUGGUGGGUUGCGCAACCCGGUGCAACGUACCACGCAGUAACUGUUCUUCUCGUGGAGACACUCCCGUGCUGGAUAAGGGACAGAGUGAGGUGGCUGCAGUCAGCAAUGGGAAGAUCAAUCAGUCCCAGUCCACGGAGGAGGCAACAGAAGCCACAGAGGUACCAGAGAGUGGUGCAAAUGAAACAGAACCAGCUCAAGUCCGGCCUGGUCCACUUACAGAGCAUAUCUUUACAGAUCCAGCUCCAACUCAGGCACCUAUUAGACAGAACAGUGAGAACGGGCAGCAAAAGACAGAAUCAAGUACAAUGCUGCCAGAGCAGGAAGUGAACGGUGAUGCUGCUGGAACAGGCACCAGUGCCGCACCCACAAUGUGGCUUGGAGCACAGAAUGGCUGGCUGUAUGUGCACUCGGCAGUGUCCAACUGGAAGAAGUGUCUGCAUUCAAUAAAGCUGAAGGAUUCUGUGCUGAGACUGGUGCAUGUGAAAGGACGGGUUCUUGUUGCUCUGGCAGAUGGAACACUAGCCAUAUUCCACCGAGGAGAAGAUGGUCAGUGGGAUCUCAGCAACUAUCACCUGAUGGACCUGGGUCACACCCACCAUUCCAUCCGCUGCAUGGCUGUUGUGUAUGAUAGAGUCUGGUGUGGCUAUAAGAACAAAGUCCAUGUCAUCCAGCCCAAGACAAUGCAGAUUGAGAAAUCCUUCGAUGCCCACCCACGCCGGGAGAGUCAGGUCCGGCAGCUGGCAUGGAUUGGAGAUGGGGUGUGGGUUUCCAUCCGCCUGGACUCCACACUGAGGCUGUAUCAUGCCCACACCCAUCAGCACCUCCAGGAUGUGGACAUAGAGCCAUAUGUCAGCAAGAUGCUAGGCACUGGAAAGCUGGGCUUCUCAUUUGUGCGAAUCACAGCCCUGCUUAUCGCCGGCAACCGCCUCUGGGUUGGGACAGGGAAUGGUGUCGUCAUCUCCAUCCCACUGACUGAGACCGUAGUCCUUCACCGAGGCCAGCUCCUUGGGCUCCGGGCCAAUAAGACCUCCCCAACAUCAGGAGAGGGGAAUCGCCCUGGUGGAAUCAUUCACGUGUAUGGUGAUGACAGCAGUGACAAAUCUGCCAGCAGUUUCAUCCCCUACUGCUCCAUGGCUCAGGCACAGCUCUGUUUCCAUGGCCACCGUGAUGCAGUCAAGUUCUUUGUCUCUGUUCCUGGUAAUGUUCUUGCAACCCUGAAUGGGAGUGUGUUGGACAGCCCCUCUGAGAACCCCAGCACAGCUACCACUGAGACCGAAGGGCAGAAGCUGAAGAAUGUCCUGGUGCUGAGUGGAGGAGAAGGGUACAUCGAUUUCCGGAUUGGGGAUGGAGAAGAUGAUGAGACAGAGGAGAAUGCUGAAGAUAGCACCCAAGUGAAACCAGUGCUUUCCAAGGCUGAGAGGAGCCAUAUUAUCGUCUGGCAAGUCUCAUACAUCCCUGAGUGAAAUUCUCUCCUUUCCUGCCAACAUAUCUCUCCCUCCUCCCACCUGAAUGCCAAGAUGUACAUACAGAACUCCUGAAUUACACCUACUGGUGGCAACUGAACCCCAGACAACUGCAACAGCUCCUGCAUCGGAUGGUGACCCCCAUUCUAACCUCUGAACUUAAAGCUUUCAUUUUGGGCCCCGUGUGCUUUGAGUGGUUGGAUUACUGUUCUCCUUCUGAAGCUGGUGUCUACAAGGGGGGAAAAAAGGCAGAGAAUCUUCAGAGUGAAGCUGAGAGUUGGGAAUUGUGCAAAUACCUCUCUCCAAGAAGCAUGAGACAGAAGCAUGUCUUGGAAGGGUUAGCCCAGGUUGUCAGGAAGGUUACCUCACUGCCACCUGCAUGAGAAACAGUGCAUCACCCUCAUGUCCUCCAGUGAAACGAGGCUAAUGAAUCACAACAGCCCAAAGAAAAUUUUUAUCCAGUUCACCAGAUGGAAUUCUCAUCCCAUCCCCUCUGCAUAGAUUGUCCCCAAGCACCGAGUCUUAUCUCAGGAUCUGAGAGCAGGCAGCAUCAGGUUAAACCAGAAGUUUGCAGAGAAGAGAACACAGAAGUUUCAGGAAGCACUUCAGCUAUUUGGCCAUAGAGGGCCAACAGGCUCAUGAGAAGGGGUAGAGUGUGGAACACAUGGUAUAUACAGAAAGCCGUCCCUACUCUGCUAUUUUUUGGUCAGUUGGUAACAUUAAAUAGUGCUGAGUAAGCGUGAAAUCAGGGAGGAGUGUUUGCUUGGUAGAGUCAGAGGCAAAAAAGGUGUUUGGUGUCAGGCCAGAGAGUGCUUGAACACUGCUGCCGUGAAAGUUUGCUGGGAUCUGGUUGAUUAGCAGAAGGAAGAGCCAGCACUAUUUUGUCCAUGUGGUAUUUUUGGAAGAGGAGGUAAAAAAUGCUUGGUUUCAUUAUUUUAACAAGCCUUAAAAAUUUCAAGAGAUAAGCUGUUGUUUAGUGAUAGUUGGUUUUAAAGUGUAGCCGGUGCCAUGGCUUCGGUGUUAACCCAGCUAGGUUUUAUUGACUCAUGAAGAUGUAUUCCAGUCCUGGUGCUGACUUUCUGCAGGGUGAAAUGCUCUGCUCUCAAAGCAGAAGAGUACUGGGGAAAAGAAAAGGCAGGAUGUUGAUUUUGUCUCACUUUCUCCCAGUACAUAACAGCAACCCAGUGAGAAUGCAAGUUCAGGCAUGUGUAUCCCAAGCCAUGGCACUCAGACAAGAGGGCGCUUUGGGAUUAGCACAUAGCUAUGGCAGGAUUUGUGUUUCAUGGCCGCUCUCCUGCAGUUAAAUCAGUCUAUAAAAAGCUGGAAAGGAGAUCUUAGUGUCAUCUUGUGCAUAUAUCUCAAGGUUUUUUUACCUCACUCCUUCUUCUGACCCAUUGGUUAAAAGCCCUGAUGCCACAGUUUGCCUCCUGGCUCCUCACUGUUCUUUGCCUUUUAAAUCAUUGAGCACAGGUGCACUGCCUCACUUGCUGGUUUCCUGGCUCAGUCAGUGUCUUUGUACUCUAGGAUCCCAGAUGACCUAGUGUACCCAUGUCUAUCUGCAGAACUUAUCUCCCCCCAUUACUGUAAUAUGCCUCUUAAUGUGUGAUGGAUUUAUCCCUCACAUCAACUCUGUGAGGGAGGGAAGGGUUUUGCAGGUAGUGAUCUGAAGAACAGAAAGACUGACUUGCUCAAGGUCACACAGGAAGUCUGUGGCAGAGCUGGUCUCCUGAAUCCCUAGCUAGUGUCAGCUUCCCUGGGUGGAUGCUGCCGGUAUGAACUAAAGGGUUCCUAGUUGCAUUAAUGUAAUCCUGUUUGAGGAGUACUGCGUUAACGUGAACUUUUACUUCAUAUCUGCAGCAUCCACACAGGGGAGUUAGUGCACUGCUAUUCAUACCCCCAUAGUCCAAAAUGCAAGGCAGUGAAGAAAGACCCCUACUUUCUCUUUAGCAGUAGCAAUGCUGCCAUUGCUUUUGAGGUUUGGAUUGUGCAUGCACAGCUGGGAAAUAAAUACACCUCUACCUCGCUAUAACGCUGUCCUCGGGAGCCAAAAAAUCUUCCGCUUUAUA